CCGGGUCCGUGUCGCGACCGUGCAAGUCUAUACGGUUCAAAAUACCGGUUUAUGGUGUCUAUUUAAAAACCUAACUGUAUUUUUUUUUAUUUUUGUCUAUUAACACGACUAGAUACAAUGACAAGAGAAGCAAACUGUGACCAUACAGGCGUUACUGACGGCCGACUGUUUAGAAACCGUCUGAAAAUCGUGUACAUGUGAAUCGUCGACGUUGUAUAUGUGUGAAAAUGGCAUUGAGGAGUCCUGUCAUCAACAAAUGUCUGUUACAAAGUUCUGUAUCAAACACAUAUUUCACUGUAAUAAAACAAAUGUAAUUUAUUUGCCCAAAUUAAAUUUGCAUAAAAUUUUACAAAUUAUCGGAAACGAUAAAAGUAUGGUAUAAUCUUAUAAUUAAUUGUCUUCUGGCAACACCGCUGUCGAGUUAAUAAAUUGGAUCGGGAUGUUUCGGUUAAAAUCCCAAAACAAUCGGAAAUGAAUCAUUAGAGUUCUCUAUACGUUUAUUUAUUUAUUUGUAUUGUGUCAACUUUUAUAUAUUUCGUUCGGAAUAGGCGCUGGAAUUGAUUUCUUGUCGUUUGAAGUUGCAAUAGGGCUUAAUUUGGUAUAACCUAGAUGUCGUUACUAUUGCAAAUGAGUUUAAAUCGUAUUCAUCAUCACUUAAAACAAGUUAUUUUCGAACCAUGUGAUAUAUGGAAUAAUUCAACUUUACUCUGUUAUCUCAGUGAACGUGCGUUGACUGCAAUAUCGUAAAAUUAUUAUUAAACAAAUUUACAAUGUUUUUUAAAUAUGAAUUCGAUAAAUUUCAAUGUUAUACGUGUAAAUUGUAAACAAAUAUGCAAUGCAAAAAAUUCCAUCCUUCAAGAUAACUGUGAACUAUAUAAUAUGUUGAAUAUUAAAAUUGAUGCAGUUAGUGUGUCGAUAAAGUGCAGGAAUGAUUCCGACAGAUAUUAAUGAAUUAUUAGAAAAAGCUCUAGAAGAAAAAAUUGGUAAGUUUGAGAUUCAACAGGACGAUGGAAGAGGAUCAGGACAGAGUUACUUGGGAGACAUGUUGUUUUUAACCUUAAAAAAUAAGAACGAAAAAUUAAACGUAGUUGUUAAACAAGCAUCGAGUACGGUUUCGGAAAAUACGAAAGAAUUUAUGUCGAGCAGUUACCUCAACGAAAUUUAUUUUUACACUAAGCUGGUACCGAACUACAUUGAAUUUCAAAAAUCUUUCCCGAAAAGUCAACGUUUCGACAGCGUACCGAAAUGUUUGGCAGCAUCAACGGAAAAAGGAAACGAAAAACUUGUUUUAGAAAAUUUAUUAGUUGAUAACUACGAGAUGUAUCCGAGAAAUAUACCGGUGACAGAUGAGAUGUACCAGGAGAUAUUUAAAUUGUACGGAAAAUAUCACGGGCUUUCUUUAGCAUUUAAAAAGUAUCAACCAGAGAAGUUUUCAGAGCUAGCUAGUUGUUUUAGUAGCCAUUUCAAGAAGUUUUUAGAUCAUGGAAUAUUGAAGAAAGCCAUAAUUGUCACAUGUUGCGAAGUACAAAAACACUUAGAGGCUAUAGGUGAAAAAGAACUUAAUAGAAAGUUUGAAAAAUAUGUUUUAAACGGUCCAAAGCUAUUUUCAGACUGUUUAUCAUACAGAAGUCCAUUCUCUGUUAUUAUACACGGUGACUCUUGGAUUAGUAACCUGAUGUUUAAGUUCAACAAAUUAAAGAAAAUUGAAGAUAUAAAAAUGAUAGAUUUUCAAAUGGUAAUAUGCGGUUCACCUGUUUUGGAUUUAACCUACAUUUUAUACUCACGAGCUUCGGCACCAACUUUAGAUAAACUAGAUCAUCUCCUCACUAUAUAUUAUAAUAGUUUGAAAAAUAACCUUGAACAAUACGAUUGUGAUGUAGGAGAAUUAUUUUCUUUCGAAGAUUUAAAACAAGAAUGGAAAGAACAUCACGCGUUCGGAUUUCUGAUGAGUCUUGUUGUGAGUUUUGAUGGAAGCAUAGAAAACGAGAUGCCUAAUAUACCGGAUAUGUUGGAUAAAUAUAACGAUGAAUAUUAUAUAAAAGACAGCGAGGUUUCUAAAAAAUCUGCUACUGAUUUAAUAAGACAUAUGAAACAGUUGAUGUUUAGAAAUAAUAGUGUACAGUGUAUUAUGGCGGACACGAUCCCUAGUGAUAUCAGAGAUAUACUAGAACAAGCCGUAGGAGACAGAAUAGGAAAUUUCGAAAUUGUAAAUCAUGGCGGCAACGCCGUAGGCCAAGGUUACAUGGGAGACAUCUUGUUUCUAACGUUAAGAAAUAAAAAUACAGGUAAACAACACCACGUUGUCGUUAAACAAGUAUUAAGAAGUUCAUCGGAAAUUACCAAGGAUUUCAUGUCGAAUAGUUAUUACAAUGAAAUUAAUUUUUACACCAAGGUUAUACCAAUUUACGAGGAAUUUCAAAAAUCUUACCCAGAAAAUCAACGUUUCGGUAACAUACCGAAAUGUUUGGCAACUACAAAGGAAAGGGGAAAAGAAAAACUCGUUUUGGAAAAUUUGAAAUUCGAUAAUUACGAGGUGCAUCCGAAAAAAACUCCACUCACAGAUGAAAUGUACGAAAAAAUAUUUAAGCUAUACGGAAGGUAUCAUGCACUUUCAUUAGCAUUUAAACAACACGAAGAAGAAAAAUUUUGGCAAUUGGCAAAUUCUUUCAAUAAUAAUUUUAAGAAGAUGAUAGAACAUGGUAUAAUGGCAAAAGCAAUUGUAGGAGCUUGUUACAUCUUAAAAAUGCACUUUGAUACUAUAGAUGAACAAGAACUUAGCAAAAAAAUUGAGAUAUAUAUCAAAAAAGGUCCUCAGCUUUUCGUUGCAAACAUCACAUACAAAAGCCCGUUUUCUGUUAUCUUACAUGGAGACUGUUGGGGUAAUAACUUAAUGUUUAAAUACAACGAUUCGAAAAAAAUCGAGGACAUUAAAUUACUCGAUUUUCAAAUGGUCAUGUGUGGUUCACCAGUUUUGGAUUUAACAUAUACUUUCUACUCGGGGGCUGCAAAAGCCACCCUGGAUAAAUUAGAUCAUUUUCUCACUAUAUAUUACAAUAGUUUGAAAGAGACUUACAAAAAAUAUGAGUGUGAAAUAGAAAAUUUAUUUUCUUUCGAAGAUUUGAAAAAAGAAUGGAGAGAAAAUACCGCGUUUGGAUAUUUAAUGGGACUUGUAUUGUGGAUGAAUAAAAAUAUGGAAGUUCAAGAUAACAUAAAUUUGUCUGAUAUUAUGGAUAAAGUAGAAGACGAUAAAAUGGAAGAGAAAAGAAAAUUAGAAAUGUAUAAUACCGAGGGAUUCAGAAAACGAGGAACAGAUUUGACAAGACAUUUGUAUGAAAACGAAUUUUUGUAAAUUAAUACAUUUAUUUUAACAGAAAAUAAAUAAAUAAUACAAAUUAAUAUGUGGAUUUAAAUAAACUUUAUGAAGCUAAUUGGAUUC